GGUUGAGCAACCUUAUUUUAAAAAAGUAGGAGCUGCUAAUUAAGCCUUGUUUCCACUCAGCUUAUCAGUAUCUCUCCCAAUUACAUGGCUCUCAGCUGUGUACUCUUCUUCCUCCUCGCCGCCGUGGCCACCACCGUCUCCGCCACUGACCACAUCGUUGGAGCGAACAAAGGUUGGAAUCCAGGCAUCAACUAUACUCUCUGGAGUAGCAACCAAACAUUCUACAUUGGUGACCUAAUCUCAUUUAGGUAUAAAAAGACACAACAUAAUGUUUUUGAAGUGAAUAAAAAUGGAUAUGAUAACUGCAUAAUAGAGGGUGCAUUUGGGAAUUGGAGCAGUGGAAGAGAUUUCAUUUUGCUGAACAAGACCAAGAGGUAUUAUUUCAUCUGUGGCAUUGGCGGCUGCUCUGAUGGUAUGAAGGUUUCUGUUGUAGUUCACCCUCUUCCACCUCGUCCACCGGCAGCCAUCGCCGCCGUGCAUUCUUCCGAAAAGUCUGCUGCUCCGACGACAGUUGGUGGUUUCGGGUCACUGGUUGUAAAGUUGAUGUUGGUUGGAUUGAUGAUAUAUGGAUGUAGUAGGAUUUAACAGAGUUUCGGCCAAGAAUCCUAUGCUAGUUAGCUGUGUUAUGUGCAGCCAAAUCACUAGUUUGUAAUGGUCAUUUUGAUUGAACUUCAUUUAAUUUGUUGUUGUUCUGUCAUUUUAGUUCACUAUCAAAGAUUUCUGUUGUUAGUUUAUUUCUGUAUCUGUUUCCUAUUUUUUUGUUGAAUGCGAAACUAAAGUCAUACUUUGUGAAA